UGGUGUGAGCAGUUAUUGUCCAAAGACCCUCCUCAGCACGAGAUCGGGGAGCAAGCCCAGAACACAGGGACCCAAGGCCACCAACAAGGCAUGGAGCUGUUUGAGACCAACCCGUACUUCUUCCCUGACCAGCGCUUCUAUGAGGGGGGCGAGGUCUUCUUCCCAUCUCGGCUGCCCGGGGGUUUCGAGCAGGGAGCCUACCCUGAGCGGCCAGCGGGGGGGGUCAUGUCAGCUGGCAUGGGCCCGGAGGAUGAGAAGGACUCGCCCCCGCCACCUGGCCUGUCCCCGCAUUCCGAGCAGUGUCCGGGCCAGUGUUUGCCGUGGGCCUGCAAGACCUGCAAGCGGCGAUCGGUGACAGUAGACCGGCGCAAGGCAGCCACGUUGCGUGAGAAGCGACGGCUGAAGAAGGUGAAUGAGGCAUUCGAAGCACUCAAGCGCAGCACGCUGAUGAACCCCAACCAGCGGCUGCCCAAGGUGGAGAUCCUGCGCAGCGCCAUCCAGUACAUUGAGCGGCUACAGGCCCUUGUAAGCUCCCUCAACCAGCAGGAGCGUGAGCAGGCUGGCCUGCACUACCGGACUUCUGUGGCCCAUCGGGUGUCCUCCUCCGGUGACCAGGGGCCUGGCAGCACCUGCGACAGCAGCCCGGAGUGGAGCAGCACCUCAGAGCCAUGCGCCACCCCCUACACCACCAAUCCAGAGGAUCUCCUCAGCGUGGACUCGGCAGAACAGCCCAACCUGCGGACCCUAACUUCCAUCGUGGACAGCAUGGCGGUGGAAGACAGCAGCCCAGUCGUGUACUCCAAAGACAUCUCUAAGUGAGCUGAAGCGAAGGUGGACUGGGGAGGAGGAGCGUCAGUGUUUGAUGGGCUGAUCCAAGCCCACCUCCAGGGGCCAAAAGCAGCACUUUCCAGUGAUCCGGCCUAAAGCUUCCUCUCUCGCGCAGAAACGUGAGAGCAUUUAUCAGACGGCCAGUCCGUCUUUACUUAACAGAUGUGAAUCCACGGGUUUAUACAUUUCCAGCAAAUGCCUUCUCGUUUUUGCAUUAAUUGUGUGUGUUAUGCCUAAAAUGAGGGUUAAUUUGUGGGGCCAAUAUUCUACUCUGCAGUUUGACCAAGUCCAGUUUAAUUUAAUCUAGAUUUGAAUGCUAGUGAUGUAAAUAUAUUCCUUUUUCUACAGAGUGGUUUUGCUAUUUUAUUUUUUAUUUUGUUUUUGCUAACUUAUUUUGAUUUUUAUAAUAAAGAUUGUUGUGCAUUUGUAGAUAUUCUUUCCAAAGAAGUUCUUUUAAUAUGAGUAACAUCAGUGAAUUAAACAAUUUCCAUUGAUGCUUGUCAACUACUUGUACUUCUCAAGAGCUGCUUUCCAGACUGACAAAUAACCUCGUGAUAGCUGAGAAAACCAUGAAAACAUGACCAUAAAUUAUGUGUUUUACGUAUCGACGCCCUUAAUUAAAUGUAUUUUGUCAUGCGGUCAUAUAUUUUAACGUCACUCUUAAAAAUGCACAAAACAGGAAAUGAAGCCAGCAAUGAGCCCCGCAGUAUAGCAAAGACCACUGGUUAAAAAUUAAAAGUCACUUGAGACACAGUGUGUGAAAACAAGCCAAUGAAUGACUGCGGGAAUGAGAACGAUGAAAACCAAUCUGCCUCUAUUUAUAAAGGCAUAGACCAGUGCACACACACACACACACACACACACACUAACAUGUGAGUGGAUACCAAGAAACACCUGUUCAACACGUCGCACCCCUGACAAGUGCUGCAUCUCCGAAUGUUUCCAGCUCACAGGAGGGCCCAGGUUUUACAUCCAGCAGUUUGGCAGCUGGAAUGAUUCAGAGCGCCCCCUACAUACUGAUCUGGGCAGAGAGGAAUAGACAGUAUGUCUGAAAUGCCAUUUCCUCACA